UUUGUUUGACAUUUGAGAAUUUUAUUGACAUGACUAAGUUUAGGGUCAUUUAUCUAAUACAGAAUGAGAGUCAUUCAUCUAACUAGAGAACACGGGAACACAAGAGAACAAAAGAAAUAGAAACUUGAUGGGAAAUUAGUGAUCAAAGUUUUCCUAGUAUUAAUCCUGAUUAAUUGAAUUGCUAGUUUUAAGGAAAUAGGGGUUGUCCGUUUUGUUGGAAGCUGAUUUUUGGUUCAUGGAGGAAAGGCCCCAGAAGCCGUCACUGUCAAUUAUUAAUCCCAAUAACUCCAUUACUUGAUCUCUCACCCAAAAUGGAUUGAACCAUAUCUUGGAUUUCAUGUAAUUAAAUUUUUUAUCCAGUUUUUUGAGUUUUUUUUUUGCUUACGUAAGAAUCUCAAGUCCACUGUUAGUAGAUAUUGUCUGUUUUGAUUGGUUAGUUAUUAUCAGCCUUUUAAAACAUGUCUAUCGUGGAGAGUUUUCCACACCAUUUCUAAUCAUGUUUAGUUUCUUUCUUCGAUUGAUGUGAGAUCUUAUAAUUCACCCCUUUGAGGGCCAGUGUUUGCACAGAGAAUAUUUCGUUCCUCUCUCUAACCGAGUCUAUUAGGGAGAGGUCUCCACACCCUUUCUAACAAUGUAUCGUUUCUUCCUUCAAUCGAUGUGGGAUCUCAUAAUCCACCCUCUUGGAGGCCAGCGUCCUCACGUAGAAUGCUUUGUUCCCCUCUCCAACCAAUGUGAAAUCUCACAAUCCACCCUCUUGGAGCAAGGGGCCAAUGUCCUCGCAAAGAAUGUUUCGUUCCCCAUCCAACCGACAAGAUAUCUUAUAACUUACUUCUUUGGGGGCCAGCGUCCUCGUUGGCACACCACUCGAUGCCUGACUUUGAUACCAUUUAUAAUAGUUCGAGCGCACUGCUAGUAAAUAUUGUCCGCUUUGACCUGUUUAUGUAUCGUGGUUAGUCUCAUGGUUUAAAACACAUCUACUAGGAAAGGUAUCCACACUCUUAUAAGUAAUGUUUCGAGUCAAUUGGUUUGGUAGAGAGAUAAUAUUCAAAUGAGGUGAUUUCAAAUUUGAAGAUGGUGAAUCUGUAACAGUGGGAGAACAAGCUCUGUUGUAGCUUGUAUGCAUGGCGAUAGAGAUAGAGAGAGACAGAGAGAAAAAAAUGGAGAGAAAUAGGUCAAUUUGAGGCUGUUUAGAACCAUUUAGUAUGUUUCAUGUUCACCAAAAUUAUACAGAGAGAAACAGAGUGGGCCAUUGCUUGUCUCUCCCACUUUUUGCCAACACAAAAAAUGAAAAAUCAUCUAUAAAAAGUUGCCCUGAGUCAUCAUCUUCCUUCAACAAUCUGUUCUUCCAAAUGGGAAUUAUGGAAUUCCAUCAAACUUUUCAUAAUUCUGACCAAUUUUCUUCUUCUUCUUCUUCGUCUUCUUCAUGUCUGACCACUUUCAAGGGCCAUUCUUCUUACAUCUCUUCUCUAACUCUCGCCGGAAAAUUCCUUUAUUCGGGUUCCUCCGACAAGGAAAUCCGAUCAUGGAGACGAAGCCCAUCACAAGAAUUUGAAUCAAAUCAUGAAGAGUUUCAAAACAAUAUGGUUACAGCCGGACAUGGCGCAGUGAAAUCUCUAGUGGUUUCAUCUGACAAACUCUACAGUGCCCAUCAGGAUCAAAAAAUUCGCGUUUGGAAAAUCUCAAACGAAUUCGAUCACCACCAAAAGUACACGCGCUUGGCCACGCUACCGACGCUCGGCGACCGGACGGCCAGGCUUUUGAUGCCCAAUAAUCAGGUACAGAUCCGCCGGCACAAGAAAUGCACAUGGGUUCAUCAUGUCGAUACGGUUUCAGCUCUUGCUCUAUCAAACGACGAGUCGCUUCUCUAUUCCGUCUCUUGGGAUCGGACUCUCAAAAUCUGGCGGACUUCCGAUUUCAAAUGCUUGGAAUCCGUCGCCGGAGCUCACAACGACGCCAUAAACGCUGUGGCGAUCGCCGGCGACGGCGACGUGUACACUGGAUCAACGGACAAGAGGAUCAAAGUGUGGAGGAAAAACCCAGAUGGGAAAAGGCAUUUUUUGGUCCAAACACUCGAGAAGCACAGCUCGGGGAUUAAUGCCUUGGCCCUCGCCGGAGAUGGGUCGGCUUUAUUUUCCGGCGCCUGCGACAGGUCUGUUCUGGUUUGGGAAAAGGAGGAAGAGGGUGGGUUAAUGGAGUAUGUGGGUAUGUUGAGAGGCCAUUCGAAGGCCAUAUUGUGUUUGACCGUGGUGUUAGAUUUGGUCUGCAGUGGCUCUGCAGACAAGACGAUCAGAAUUUGGAGAAGGGCGGUCGCCGGAAAUUAUGUCUGUUUGAGGGUUUUGGAAGGGCAUAACGGUCCGGUGAAGUGCUUGGCGGCGGGGGUUGAUCGGUGCAACCAGAACGACAGGUCGUUUGUGGUUUAUAGUGGUGGUUUGGACUGUGAUAUUAAGGCGUGGCAGAUUUCUGUUCCUCUUGUUUAGAUUCAAAUUUUUGUGGAAUUUUUGGGUUCUUUGAGGAAUUUGCGUAUAUGUUUAUGAAAGAAUUUAGUGCAUUUUUA